UGUCAGAACCAAUUAUAAACAAAUUUCUUUUCAGUUUUCAUAUUCCCAAAUCCCAAUAUUGUAAUUUGUAUCUAAAAAAAGAUAAAGCAAAGUGUUUUUAUCUUAAGUACAAACACUCUGUCAUGCAAUUUUAAAUCAGCACUUAUAAAAUAGACAAAACAUAGAAAACAAAAUGGAUGUUCCAAAAAUUGAGAAAGCUAAAUUCCUUGCGCCUGAAGUAGCUGUAAGCGCUGUUCUUGCACCAAGUCAAGAACUACCUGCAGAGACACCAACAGUAGCAGGCUACGACUGGGAGAAUGGCACCGAUUAUAACAAAAUACUGGAAAGCUACGCGCGCUCUGGCUUCCAAGCAACCAGCUUCGGCAAAGCCGUGACAGAAAUCAAUAAAAUGUUAAAAUGUCGUUCCGUACCUCUCACUGAAGAAACGUGUGACCCAUAUGAAGAGGAUGUAUUCAUAAAAAAGAAGACUAACUGCACUAUUUUCUUGGGGUACACGUCGAAUAUGAUUUCGUCAGGUUUGCGUGAUACCAUACGAUUUUUAGUUAAGAAUAAACUCGUAGACUGCAUCGUGACUACUGCUGGUGGAGUCGAAGAAGAUUUUAUUAAAUGCCUUGCUCCAACUUACGUAGGAGACUUUAAUUUAAGUGGUAAACUAUUAAGAACUCGAGGGAUAAACAGGAUUGGCAAUUUAUUAGUGCCAAAUGACAACUAUUGCUUAUUUGAAGAGUGGGUGACUCCACUACUAAAUGAAAUGCUAGAUGAACAGUUACAGGAUGGUACUGUGUGGUCACCGUCAAGGAUCAUAGCAAGAUUAGGUGAAAGAAUCAACAAUGAGAGCUCUGUUUGCUAUUGGGCAUGGAAAAACAAUAUUCCGAUCUUCAGCCCAGCAUUAACCGAUGGUUCUUUAGGCGAUAUGAUGUAUUUCCAUUCUUAUAAACGACCAGGACUCAUAAUUGAUAUACUGGGAGAUCUCCGGCGGUUAAAUACAAUGGCUGUUAAGGCUAACAAUACAGGUGUUAUCAUUCUGGGCGGAGGAGUCAUAAAGCAUCAUAUAUGUAACGCAAAUCUCAUGAGGAAUGGAGCAGACUAUGCUGUAUAUGUAAAUACAGCGAGUGAAUAUGAUGGCAGUGACUCUGGAGCGAGACCUGAUGAAGCAGUGUCCUGGGGCAAGAUACGGCCGAACGCAACGCCAGUGAAGCUGUAUGCUGAUGCAACGUUGGUGUUCCCUCUUCUAGUCGCUCAGACGUUUGCCAAACAUCAUUUUAGCAAUAAAAAAAAUGUGUAAAUAA